AGGAGAAGUGCCAGAAAACCAGCGAAUGAACUCCUGCAGGAUAUGAGAACCACCUUGGAGAGGUAUGGGAAAAGGGAGAGUCAAGAGAAUCCACUGGCUUUCUUUCCGGAGCUGAAGAAGAGGAUCUCGGAAUUUUGUGAUAUAAAUAACCUUGUGGAAGAUGUCAUGGAACAAUUUGAAGAUGCUCUGUUACUCAAAGAACAGCUUCAGGAAGAUGAUCCAUUACUCAGAAAUCUUCAGAGAGCCAAUGUCACUCUGGAUCCAGACACAGCCCAUCCCAGACUCAUCCUGUCUGAGGAUCGGAAAAGCGUGAGAUAUGGAGACAAAGAGCAAGACCUGCCCGAUAAUCCAGAGAGAUUCAACAACCGUACUUCUGUGUUGGGACAUGAAGGAUUCACAGCAGGCUGCCAUUUCUGGGAAGUCACUGUGGAAAGUGAGGGAAAGUGGGUCUAUUGGACUGUGGGGGUCACUAGGAAGUCUGCAGAGAGGAAGGGUGACUUUGCCUUAAGUUCUGAGGGAGGGAUCUGGGCUGUGGGAAAGUCAGGAGGUGACUACAUGGCGUUUGACCCCCCUGAUUACCUUCCUCUGUCCCUGUUUUGGGAGCCCAAGAGGAUCCGAGUGACUCUGGACUAUGAAGGGGAGGAGGUGUCUUUUUCUGAUGCUGACUCAGGAACCGAACUCUACACGUUCUCAGGAGCCUUAUUCUCUGGAGAUACCAUCCUUCCUUUCUUUCACCUGUCGGGAGAUAAAACCCACUUCAGGAUUUCCUGAGGAGAUGGAAUCCGCCUCACAGGCCCAGCAAAUGUUUCUUUCUGGACCAGAAUGACUCAGAUUAAAACAACAACAGUAUUUGCCUCUCAAGGGCACUUGAGGAUUCAUUCCAGUCGAAAUAAGCAGAAAUAACAAAAUAGUCAAUAAAUUGUUGUUGUUGUUUGUUGUGUUUUUCUUUUCCCUUUCCAGAAUUUAUUCUGCAGGUGAGUUCUUAAGGAAACAGUAACACUUGACCAUUCUGAAUAAAUAAACUUUUCCUCAAAAAGGUUCAGCCUCCAU